UCACACGGCACCCAAUGACUUUCUUUCCAAAUUCAAAAUAGAGGAAAGAGCCAAACUGUGGCAAAGGCGUACCCUUUCCAUUAUUGCAACAACGGGAGCUUUCUUUCUUCUUUCCUUCCUUCUUUUUCUUACCCAUUUUCUCAUUCAAAGACCCUCUCUUUGCCCCAGAAAUAAGCCCUUUUGUUUCAAUAUUUAAAGCCAAAAUCAGAUAGCGUCUGCUUUAUAAAAUAUUUCCUCGGAAAAGAUCAAAAGAAUCAUGCUUUCAACUUCCAGCUUCUACUAGGCUGUCUUGUUUCGACCACGCAUCCCUCUUACGCGUUUCCAUUUCGCUACAAAAACUUUGGGUUUCUUCCGUUUUUUUGAUUUUUUCCUUGGAAAAAGAAGAAAGAAGAAAAAAACCCAGAAAUAAAAGUAUGGGUUUGAAGUCCUACAAUUUGCUGUUGAUCUUCAAGCUUUUACUGGUUUUCUUAUCUGUUUUGCCUCAUUCCAUGUCUCAAACUGAGGAAGCCCCAUCCCCGGCUGCUAAUUCUUGUAACGGGGUGUUCUUGUCUUAUACUUACAGUUCGGGAACCAAGUUGAAACCCACUGAUCCGACUCACCAGCCGUACAGAUUCGAGUCGGUGUUGACGGUGCUGAAUAACGGUGACGAGAAGCUUAAAUCUUGGAGGGUUUUUGUGGGGUUUAAAAACGAUGAGCUUUUGGUUUCGGCGUCGAAUGCGGUGUUGGCCGAUGGGACGAGUUUGCCUGCGAAUGUCGGGAACGGGACCCAUUUUGCAGGGUAUCCGAUGAGUGAUCUGAAAACGGCGAUUGAGACAGCCGGGGAUUUGAGUCAGAUGCAAGUUCAGGUUAAGCUUGUUGGGACUCAGUUUGGAGUGGCGGCCCCUGAUGUGCCUUUGCCUGAAAAUAUUGAGCUUGCUAAUGAUGGGUUCGUUUGUCCUACGGCUUCUUUGCAAGGUAAAAAUGAGAUGCAAGUUUGUUGCACCAAAGACCCAAAAUUCAAAACAAAUGUUACGGUAGAUGAGGAAUUCCUGCCCAGGCAAAGUGGUGAUCUUACGAUAAUGUAUGAUGUGACCAGAACAUAUGAUUCAAGCUAUUGGGCACAGGUUACUAUCUCAAACGAUAACCCCCUUGGGCGUCUUGAUAACUGGAAAUUGAGCUUUGAUUGGAUGAGGGAUGAGUUCAUCUAUACCAUGAAAGGGGCUUAUCCUUAUGUCGUUGAUUCGUCUGACUGCAUAUUUGGCCCCCAAGGGACGUACUACAGGGAUCUAGAUUUUGGUAAUGUGUUAAAUUGUGAGAGGAGGCCAACAAUUAUUGACCUUCCUCCAACAAAGGCCAAUGAUACAACCCUUGGGCUAAUCCCUAAAUGUUGCCGAAAUGGUACAAUCUUGCCACCUACAAUGGAUCCAAGCAAGUCAAGUUCAGUAUUCCAGAUGCAGGUCUUUAAAAUGCCACCAGAUCUCAACCGCUCUGAGCUUUCUCCUCCUCAGAAUUGGAAGAUCAAUGGCACAUUGAACCCUGAUUACAAAUGUGGCCCUCCAGUGCGUGUAAGCCCAAGUCAGUUCCCAGACCCAAGUGGCUUGCCAAAUACGACUGCAGUUGCCAGUUGGCAAGUGGUUUGCAAUAUUACACAGCCCAAGGGUGCAAGUCCGAAGUGCUGUGUGUCAUUUUCUUCAUACUACAAUGAUUCAGUUGUCCCAUGCAGGACUUGUGCAUGUGGGUGCAGCAAUACGGCCCAUCCUUGUAGUACAACUGCUCCAGCUAUUCUUCUUCCACCUGAGGCACUUCUCAUUCCAUUUGAGAACCGGACUGCUAUGGCUAAAGCUUGGGCUGAUCUUAAACACCUAACAGUACCAAAUCCAACGCCAUGUGGUGACAAUUGUGGGGUCAGCAUAAACUGGCAUGUGUAUACAGACUACUCUCGAGGAUGGAGUGCAAGGAUCACAAUCUUCAACUGGGAUGAAACUGCCUUCCCUGAUUGGUUUGCUGCGGUACAAAUGGAUAAAGCAACCCCUGGGUUUCAAAAGAUGUAUUCAUUCAACGGAAGUGCCUUGGAGUUGAAUGGUGUUAACAAUACUAUAUUCAUGCAAGGUCUUCCUGGAUUAAAUUAUAUUGUGGGAGAAACUGAUGGAGCCAACCCACAGAAAGAUCCUAGGGUGCCUGGAAAACAACAGACGGUGAUCUCAUUUACCAAGAAAAGUACCCCUGGCAUUAAUGUGGCUGCUGGUGAUGGGUUUCCCUCUAAAGUGUUCUUCAAUGGGGAGGAGUGUGCACUUCCUUCAGUAUUGCCAACAAACAACAGUAAUAGAAAGGGCUCAACUACAGUACUCUCACUCUUCAUAGCAGUUCUUGUGUUCAUGUUGGUGCAGCAAUAGCUGGAAUGAGCCACUACUUGGUUUUUGUUGUCCUUUUGCGAUUCUGUUUCGCUCAUGUUGCAUCAAUGGCUGCGAUGAGAAGGGACCUGGUUUUGCGGCUGAUACUGAUUUGUUAAUUCUUUCAAUGGUUUCAACCAUGUGUUUUGGCAUUACCACAGAUGCCCGUACCAUGAUUCUUAUAUUGAGGAUGCUGUGGAAUUUGAAAGUACACAGAUUGCGAUCAGGCUUAUGAUGGCAGACAAACAUGCUCUUACCAUGAUUAUAUAAGAAUAUUGUUGGAUGAAUACUAUUUAGACAACACUGAUUCUUUAUUGGAUUUUGUGAUGAUUCCUGGUUUAGUUUUGUAUAAAUCCUAAGACAGAUUGAUUAUUCCAUUGUGCUCAACUUUAACCAAUAGCCAUCUUUUUUCCUUUUUC